UUUCAUUACUCUUCCUUUUUUUUUUUUUUUUCUUUUUCUUUUUCCUCCCUACUUUCAUAUCUCUCUACUUGUUCACAUGCUCUCUUCAAGGGACUCACCAUCUUCCAUACCAUCUCCUUUCUGUAUCUCUCUCUUAUUAUUUGUCGAGCUCGUUCUCUCUCCAACUAUAUGAUUUUAGCAAAUUCAGAAUACCGGCCAAUUUCAGCCAUGGAAAGGUUACCUGCCUUGUUUGUCUUGGGUGAUUUAUGCUUUUAUGCCUUGAGCCGAAUGACCCGAGGGUGCGUUGUUUGUAAUCAAUCAUGUGGUUUGACCGGAGAUGCCACACACCGGCCAGCCUGCCUUUUACUCCCCCAGCUCGUCGCAUUUAAACUUCCCCGUCUCCGACCACUUCAUUAAAAUCCGGUUUUCUCCCCUGUUCGUGCUCCGUGUUUGCUUCGAGUUUUUGUGUGCUUUCCCCAAAGUUCCACGUUCCGAAAGCAUGAAUCCCACCUUGAAUAAAAAAGGACGCGCAUAUAGCAUAUAUUUUCAUACUACUAUUACUUAAACGCAUGACGUAUACAUAUAUGAGACAACAUGAUAGCCAAUGAGAUGGGACCGUAUGAAGAAAUGAGCAAAAUUUAC